UCUACAUUGUUAACGUUCGUUCAUCACACAACAACAGAAAGUGAAAACAUCCUGUGAUGCGUUUAAUUAUAAAUAGAACAAUAACAAAAACAUCGACUACGACUACGACAACACAAACACCAACACCAAAGGCCGUAAAAGCAGCAACAACAGAUCUCCUUAACCACAACAUCAGACCGGCAGCGCAUUUUUAAGGCGAUUAUUAUUAAGUGAUUUAAGCUCGAAAAGUAAUACCUUUCUUUUAAUUCUAAAUUAAUUUCACAUCACAUGCACGUUGAAGAAGAACGCUUCAAAAUAUAAGACAAAGAAUGAGUAGCGGUAGCGAAAUGUGCUGACUGAGCAAUUCGGCAAGUGUAAGAACAUCGAAAAUAAAACCAACCAAACCGAAAGGAAACGAAACGAAAGUUCCAUAUCUUAAAAAAAGAAUAUCUAUAAAAAGCCGUCCAAAAGUGUUUUUCGGAAGGGCAUUCAUUAUACGCGCGGUUAAGUGCGAACGGUGUGUUCUUGUUCUUCUACGACGCAACAACAAUAGUGGUAAUAUAAAUAACGACGUUACUGAAUAUCAAAUCUCCUGAGGUUUUCCGCAACAGCAAAAGUUUCAACAUGAUUUUGGGAGCAUUUCCGAUUAGCUCGAAGAACUCAUCAGCCACGUCCUCCAACAAAAACGGAAGAUGUCGGUUUUGCUUUUUAUGCGGCGGUUACAUCCUGUUUCUCGUCCUGGGUGCAGCCAUGUUUUCAGCCAUCGAAGCGCCAAAAAUUGAUGUAAUAUCGCAGCGAGUGGAAACAUUUCGCAAUCAAUUCCUGGACAAACAUGCGUGCUUAAACGAUGAAGAUUUGGAAGAGUUCCUGAAAGCCGUUAUAACAGCCAACGAUCGUGGCAUAUCUCCACUUCGCAAUGCCACAAACGAAAUGAACUGGAGCUUCGGACAGGCAUUGUUCUUCUCCAGCACCGUCAUCACAACAAUUGGCUAUGGUCAUGUAACCCCUCUCAGUCAGACGGGAAAAAUCUUCUGCAUGAUCUAUGCGGCCAUUGGUAUCCCCUUGACUUUGGUCCUGCUCAGUGCCAUGGUAGAGAAGCUAUUAAUUCCUGCCAAUUGGCUUUUGGGAAAACUCAACUCUCGUUUGGGACAUUUGUAUCAGCCGUUCAAUAUUCGUGUGAUACACUUGAGUAUUGUGGUUAUAAUUGUGGCUAGUUUGUUCUUUGCCAUACCUACUGCUGUUUUUGCAUAUUUGGAACCUUCAUGGGGAAUAUUGGAUGCUUUCUACUACUGUUUCAUAUCCUUAACUACAAUUGGCUUGGGCGACUAUAUACCCGGCGAUGGGGUGUCCAUCGACAAUCGUUCGCUAUACAAAAUGCUUAUUACGGCUUAUUUAGUGCUUGGUCUCAUUGCCAUGAUGUUGGUCUUGACAAUUUUCUAUGAUAUUCCUCAACUAAAUCUGGGUCAACUCUUCACUGAAAGCACACACGGAGAAACUGAGAAGCUACGCUUAUCGGGCAACAACGUCACAUGCUAUUCUGGACCAUCUGGCCUCUACAUGCCACAGCGCAAUGAAGAUACCCGACGAGCUGUUGUACGCAUACGUCCGCAUGGUGAUGAUUCACCAAGUCCAGAUGAGGCACCCUCAUCAUCAUCGCACAGUAGAGAUUUACGCCUGCCGUAAGAAAACGAAAAGCAUUGAAGGAGAUUAUAAACGUCUAGUAAAACAACAACGGCAAGAAUGAUAAUGAAUUUUGUAGGGGCUGUUGAAGCUGCAACGCUCCUACAUCCACAGACAUACUGGUCUCGAUCACAAAUCAAAUUGGAGUAUAGACAGACACCAUACGAUAUCUUUUAAGAAUCAUAUAGUAUAGUAAUCUACAAAAAAACAAACACAAACAGGACGCAAACACACAUACAUAUGUACGUAUUAAAAUACUAUUGCAAAAAACUAGAUCAAAUGUUAAAAUAGUGAUCUCUGCUCACGAUGUGUUUUCUUUACAAUUUCCUUGAAACAAAUGGCAUCAGCAUUUAAACACUUUUUUUGGGCACAAGCUGGUUGCCUCCCUUUUUAGGUUUUCACUACAUCGUACAUAUGCACAUCGUGUAAAGAUUUCUUCAACUGAAAAGAGAAGCCAUAUCUACGAAAUGAUCACAUAAUCACUAACGCAUGCAAUUAUUCAUAAAAUUCAUUACAACUAUAUACACCUUAGACAAAAAACCUUGCUAUUACUUCAUACAAACUAAGGUUAAUCGCAAGAUGAUCGUACAUAACUAGUAAUAAUAAAAGUGCUUCUACCAGCAUAUCUACCUGCAUAAGUAUCUAUACCGUAGAUCGAACUGAAUUUAGGUGUCUCAGCCCACUUAUCCUACACAUACUCAUACAUAUAUGUCAAGGAUCCUUCCUCCUUUUUUCCUAAAAUAAAACAUUGCUAUAGAUGUUAAACAAUCAGCAACAGAAAAGUUAAGUUCCAGUAUACUUAUAAAACUUGAGCACAACAUGGCCUGUAACUUAGACAAAUUGCGUGUAGUACGUCAGUGUCCUUUGUAAAUACUAACGCAGUAUUACCGUCCUUUCCGUUUCACUAACUUGGCAGAUAAAUCUUGUCAGCGUUCCCCUUCAAUCCCAACAGGAUUAAUUAAUACGUUCGGAUGUUAUCGUUCUCCAAAACAACAGAUGGAUGGAAAAAGGAAAACUAUUUGAAAUGUUGCAAUAAUUAGAAUUCUUUGAGGAUUCCUUAAUCAAUACAUUGUUUUUUCGAAACAAAGUGUCCAAGACCACUACCGUUAAGGAACGGAUGGAAUAUUUGUCAAUGAUUGUUAUUCGAUUCAAGUAUAAGCUCAAUGAUACAGGACCUCAAUUUUACAGCUUAAUCCGAGUAGACCCCUGCUUAGGAAGAAUUUUUUACAUCGCUGUCAUACCAUUGUCUUCAAAUGACAGAGUACCUCACAAUGUCGCCUGUGAGGGAGGAGAAAAUUUUUUUUCGGAUGUUUGUCAUAGGCGGACAGACUAACCCCCGCUCCACCGUGGUAAAUAAGGUAAAUAAGGUUUAGUCAAAAGCACAUAUCUUGGAUGGAGGUUGUUACUCUUUACUCAACUCAAACAACUUACUCGGCUUUACAUUUUUUUAUUGCUAAAAGUUUUCUGUACUAACUUUUUUGUCCAAAUGAUCUUAUCACAAGAGAAUUUCAACUCAUUUGCAAUCCAUUUAAAUUCCAAGUUCAAUCAAUGUAGAAUUUGAUAUUCACUUGGAUUUGGUGUCGUUUAGGUAAAUAUGCCGUCAUGUGUUGUAAUAUAUUCAGAUUAAUUUCACAAUUCAAAAUAAUAUGAACUUGUAACAAAAUUCACAUUUGGCAUUUAUUAUUAUUAUCCUGAUCAAUAGUCCAUGUUGAAGCUCAAGCUUUAAAAGUCAUUUUGUGAAAAUGCAUCAAAUUAGUCAAAUAGUAACGUAAUAAAUGUCUGAGUAGUGAAUAAGGCACUGUUUAAUAUGAAUCCGUACACCAAGUAGUGUGCACCAGAAUCCGCCCUUUAGGUCAAGCUUUGUGUAUCCUUGGAUUGUCCUAAAUAUGAAAGCUUAGAGCUUUGAAUCUUCUUGUUUUCACAAUAAAUCUAUUGAUAUUAUUUUUAAGCUGCAUAUGGAAAGAACACUGUUAUUAUAUAUUGUAUUUUGUUGAUAUUAAUAAUAAUGUUAAUGUUCAUAACUAUUAUGAAUUAAAAUUCGAAAAGUUUUAUAAAGGACAACAAAAAUUUAUAUAUGUUAAAUAAAAAAAAGAAAAAAAAAUCAAUUUUAUUGGUAACUUUUGUUGCUCGGGAACGAUUAAAACAAAAAAACGCUGUAUUAAAAAUCUUAUAAAUAAAAUGAAUUUGUGUUGGUUUGUUUGUUUAUAUUGUAUGUUCCGUACAGACUCAAAAUGGCUGAACUGUUUUUCUUGAAAUUUUCACAUAUGGUGCAGAAUGGACCCAUGGCGAAAUUAGGGCACAUAAUUUUUGAUAUAUAAAGGAGCAGGAGGACGGACCAUCCCUUUACCUUAAUUUUCAGAUCGCCCCAUAUCGGACAUGGGUGGUUUUAAACGAAAUUUUGUUCUUACUCUGAUAAUAAACUAAAACCUAAAAAUUGGUAUACAAAUGUAGGGUGGAGUGCCUAAGGAGACCGCCCUACCCCAACACUAACGAAAUAUAUAUAGAUACCAAUCACCACAAUAUGGGAUACAAAUAGAAGGUAUUUGAGGGUAGAAAACGAAUCAAGUAUCUAAUCUUGGGAAUAAGUUUUUGGAGGACCGCCCCACUCCUAAAACACCCCCCAAACAGGUCUUAUUUGCGGGCCAUGGCAAUAUGGGACUAAAAUGAAAGAUAUUUCAUACAUAUUUGCCGACCACGGCAAUAUGGGAGUAGGGCACGAAACUGAUAUCAAUAUUCGUGACCACUACCAUAACACCAACCAAAUAGGACGUAUUUGAUGACCUUGACAUUAUGGGGCUGAAAAAAAUCGUUAUCCAGCACGAUGCUGAUAUUAUUUCAGGGUCCGUCCCCUAAACUCCCUCCAAACCGGCCAUAUUUGCCUACCAUGGCAAUAAGGGCCCAAAUUUGGUAUUUGAUAGUAGAAUUGGUAUUUAAUAGUAGAAAAAGAAUUUGAUAUCCAAUUUUGAGGCCAAGUGUUUGGGGGUCGUCUCACCCCAUACGGCCUAAACCAAUGACAAUUGGGACUCAAAUAAAAGGAAUUUGACCACCCACGCACUAAGCCGUUUUCAGGGCUUAGACUGGAUAUAUUUGAGGACUAAGGCAAAAAGGAACUUUAAUCUGGUAUCUGUUUUAUGGCCAAAUGUUUCAGGGACGCCUCACCUCAUAAACUCCCCCUAAACCAGACACAUACCGACUAUAGCAAUAUGUAACUCAAAUGUGGUUUUUGGGCGUAGAUUAUGAAUCUGAUAUUCACUUUCGCGGCAAAGGGUUUAGCUACUCCAAUCCACCUCCAAAACCAAGAGAAUGAAGUUUAUUUAACAUCCAAACAUUAAAUGACGGACACUCUCCUUAUCCUAUUUUCAAAAAACGUCAUAUCUUGGAGAUUGGUGGGGCGAUUUAAGCGAAAUUUGGUUUGCUUAUAAUAGCCCAAAAACAGAAAUCUGGUAUCCUAAUUAAGAGUGAGAUAUCUAGGGGGGUCAUCCCACGUCCAAAGCUCGCCAAAUGGAAAUAUAGACCAAAACUAACAAUAUGGUGCUCAAAUGAAAGGUAUUUGAGAUUAGAGUACAUAUCUGAAAAAUACCCCCAUACCGGAUAUAUUUACCGACCAUAGCAAUACGAGGGUUGCCUUUUCUAUUUCGGGAUUGGACAACCCAUGUGUUGCAAUCUUCCAACUGACAGCUCUUUUGUAAAGCUUGACAUUUUUAUACGUUCACAGAACGUUUUGACAAACGACCGCUAUUUGUGUUGUUUACAGCAAGUUAAAAGUUUCAUCUCGCCUGAAAUAUUAGAUUAAAUUGUGAACAUUUUCAUCCCUCUUUUUUACAACUUUCGACGUGGAUUUACUAACAGUGAACUUAAUUAAAUUUUUGGCUAUAAAGCUCCAUCAAGGACCAGUAUUUAUCGAUAGUAUGAUGAAUUCAACCGAAGUCGUAGUUCACUCCAAGACGAAUUUCGUGAGGGUCGUCCAAAAUCGUAUAAGGUUCAAAUGAAAGGUAUUUGAAAGUAGAGCACCAAUAUGAUAUCCACAUUGGGGGCGAAAUAUCUGAAAGGCCGUACCAUCAUCCCCCCACACAGGACUUAUUUACUGACCGUACCACUAUAGGGCUCAGAUAAAAUAAAAGAGUGAAAGAAGGCAAAUUUUUUUUAAAUUUUCGCAGAGUCUAGGCUCUUAUUUUGUUACUUGUGAAAGCAUUUCUGAACCGAUUUCAAAUCUUUUAACUGAUUUGGAAAGCUAAUUUACUAUUUUUUUGUCGCGAUAUAUGCUAAGGUCUGAUUCUUCAGUAAAAAGAUAUGCGAGUUACAAAUUAAAAAAAAAAUGUGAAAAAAGUAAAUUUUUGGCAUUUUUUCGUAAAAAUAGGUUAUUUUAUUGUUUCGUCUCUAUACAGAAAACUUGGCCCAGCACUAUCAAUUUUACUGUACUGUAAAGAAGACUGAAUGUAGAUGCGUUUUAAGUGUAAUUUUUAUAAAUUGUGUUAACUCUAAUGGAAAUCUAUGGAGUACAAUAUUGGCAUUUUUUAACAAAAAAAAACUGUGAAAACCCUUCAAGUUCUCAAAAUACAAGGCUGAGACCCCCAACUUUAUUACAUAUUUUCAUUGCCAAAAUAAAAACUAAUUGCAUUAAUAAAUUUUUUUGUGCCAUCCUAGGAUUGAAUUUUUUUUUGCAAUUUUGCCAACAUGUUUCCACAGUGUGGUGAUCUUGGGUGUUUUCAUAAAGAAAUGUGGCCAAAAUUUUUACUCAUUUUUUUAAAAACAUAUUCAUCUACAAAUUUGUGAAAAAUUAAAACGAUAUCUUCAGUAGUUUUGGUUUUAUAAUAUUUUCAAUUUGAAUUUUAUUUUUCACAAAAGUGUAUCUCUGUCCGUUCCAAAAUGACAAACUAAUUUCCACCUAUUUUUUCCCGUCCCAUUGUGCAGCGGUCGAAAUUUGAAACGGUUGAUUGUGUUCGUUAGAAUAUAACGGCAUAAAUUUAAAGAUAUCAUCUUUGUUUUGAAGAUUCGCUUCUUUGGCUCGAAAUCAUUACCAAAAUCCUUAUAUCUUGAAAUAAACCUUUUUUGCAAAUUGCAAAUUUUGCCCAUGAACAUUUCACUAAGGAACAGGGGCAAACUUCUCACAUAUCAAUGAGUACAGUCCGAUUCAAAUUUAAGCUCAUUGAUAAGGCCUUUCAUAGCCGAGUCCGAAUGGCGUGCCGCAGUGCGACACUUCUUUGGAGAGAAGUUUUACAUGGCACAGUACCUCACAAAUGUCGCCAGCAUUAGGAAAAUUUUUUCUGAUGGUCUCGCCAGGAUUCGAACCCAGGCAUCAGCAUCAUAUGCGGACAUGUUAACCUCUGCGCUACGGUGGCCUCCUUAAAUACGAAUAUAAGAAAUAAACCUUUAGCUUUGAAUAAUAUUUUUUUGUGUGCCGAGUUAGAGAUUUUUAUUAGAAAUCAAAAUGAACUCAGGAAACACAGAGUGUUAAUAAGAACGACAGUCAUAUUAGCAGCUGAUGCAUACACAUUUCUUAGUAACACAUUCCCUUCGAUACUUGUUUAACAAAAAGUAACAGAUUAAAAUGCGCUCCACAGAAGUUCAACCGAUCCUAACCUAUGUUAACCACCACCAUGUUUAGUAUAUACAUAGGUGAAUUAUAGUUUGAAGAAAACAAAUCGGCAAGUGAAUGAGGCUUUUGCGGGAUUUAUAUAUCUGUUUUUACAUACAUCCAGAGAAAAAAUGCAUUCGCUUUAUUUAAUACAAAAUUAAAAAUAGAUGUUAAAUAAAAGGUUUCUAAAAUGUUUAUGACAUUUUUAGGCUACAGUCAACUUUUAAGCAUCUGAAAACAGCAGAAAAUGCUAACUGUUUGAGCAAAAACCUCAGACUUUGUGUUGGUUCAGCAAACAAUUUUUCUAUUUUGGAGGAACUUAGAGAACUCUUCAUACAUGGUUUUAUACAUUAUUCAAAAUGGCAAAAACGGUUUGCUGUAACAGCAGCUGUCAACAGCUGUCAAAAAUGGAAAGCAGACAUGGCGGAUGCGUAAGCAAAAUACGCUCUGUUACUGUAUCCAACACAAUUUGCUGUUUUAUUUUGAUUUCUAGGGAAAAUAGGGCCAAUACUCUUGGAUUAGGUGUGAUUUAACAGAAAGCAUAUACCUACACUGCUGUUUACUGUAGAACGUAUCUCCCGAAAUGAGAAAUACUAAUACUAAAUUUCCCAUGAACAAUCCAUUAAGAAUCCGGGGAUACUUCUCUCAUAUCAGUAAGUGCAGUCCGAUUAAAAUUUCAGCUCAGUUAUAAGAGGCCUCUUUAUUUAUGCCGAGUUCGAAUGGCGUGUCGUGCGUAGCGACAUCACUUGGUAGAGAAGUUUUACAAUGCAGCAUACCUUACAAAUGUAGCCAGCAUUUGUAGUGGCAUAACCACCGCUGAAAAUUUUUGUUGAUUUUCACGUCGGGAUUUGAACCCAGGCGUUCGGUGUCAUAGCGUAUGCUCCACGGGGGACUCCAGAUGAGAGAUUGUACAUGAAUAUAUACAUAGGCUUUAGUCCAUCAUACUAAAGCUGAAAAUGUCAAUAUAAGGUGGCUAAGGUUACGGCAUCCAAAAUACUAAGAUAACUUUUUAUAUCCACCACCAUAAGACGGGGGUAUACUAAUCUAGUCAUUCCAUUUGUAACACCUUGUUAUAUUGAUGUACGACACAAUAAAGUCUAUAUAUUCUUGAUGGUCUCGACAUUUUAAGUCGAUCCAUCCAUUCCCGUCCCUCCCUCGCUCCGUCGAAAUCACGAUAAUAGUUGAACGAAUGAAGCUAUAUCCUAGAAAUGUUGGGUCACUUGCAAAUGGGCCAUAUCGGUUCAGAUUUCGGUAUAGCUCCCAUAUAAAGUGGUCUUCCGACUUGACUUCUAAGUCCCCAGACACUGCAAUUAUUAUCCGAUUGGGAUGAAAUGCACGUAGUCUUCUGUUGCAAUUUAUAACAAUGAAUAAAGCUUACAUAUCGUAAGCCGCAAUUGUUAUCGGCUGAAACUUUGCACGUAGUUUUUUUUUAUUGCCCACAAUGACAAAAUUAAAAUGCACCAAUCCUUUGUUUGAGGACAUAAAACUAACUUUUUUAUAAAAACAAAAAAAAAUUAUCAGCACUUUUUUUUCUUAGGGGUCGUUCUUAAGGAGGAAAACAUGUUAAUUGGGGAUUUUUUUUAAAGAAAUUCGAUUGCAAUUUAAGGGAUCUGUCUAAAAAUCUGACAACCAUGCUCCCACAUCUUUAAUUCUCCGCAAAUAUUCUCAUAUUUGCUAGAGACUUUAAGGCACCCUUUCGAUGUCCUCUAAGUGAUCCUCUGCUGUCUCUGAAUAGACGAUAACAUCGUCGAGAUAGAUAUAGCAGGACUUCCAAAUUUGCUCACUGAAAACAUCACCGAUUGCCCUUUGGCAAAUACUCGGGUAUUGUUUUAGUUACAGAACAAGCUGUUGUAUUCUGUCUUUUUCUGCUAACUCUAUUUGGUUGAACCCUGACUUAAAAUUGAUGGUGGAAAAUUAUGAUGCAUCGCAAAGAUUAGACAAUAUUAUGGUGACUACAAUUAGUUUUCCAAAGUCAAUCACUUACUGUGCUGCCAGAUGAGACGAUUUUACGUCAUUAUGACGAAUCUUCGUCAUCAGGUCGAUAUUGGAAAACUGAAAUACGUUUAUGGUAGGACAGACGGGUUAUUUCUAUCUCGGUUUUUUUUUUUGCCAAAAAUGGUCGGUCUUUAUACCCUACACCACUACUGUGGUACAAGGUAUUAUAACUUAGUGAAUUAGUUUGUAACACCUAAAAGGAACAGAGAUAGACCCAUUGAUAAGUAUACCGAUCGACUCAGAAUCAGUUUCUGAUUCGAUUUAGCUAUGUCCGUCAGUCUGUUUGUCCGUCCGUCUGUCCAUGUUAAUUUGUGUACAAACUACUGGUCGCAAUUUUCAUCCGAUCGUCAUCAAAUUUAGUAUAGACAUGUUUUUCGGCCUAGAGACGAAGCCUAUUGAAAUUGGAAAAAAUCGGUUCAGAUUUGGAUAUAGCUCCCAUAUAGAUUAUUAGUCCGAUUUGCAGUAAUACCGCAAUAAAAUGGUCAUUUGUUAAGCGAUUCUCUCGAAAUUUGGCAGGAAGAAUUUUCUUAUUGCUCCCGACAUUUGUUAACCUAUUCUCUCGAAGUUUAUAUAGCUCUCAUGUAUAUAUGUCCCCCGAUUUUCGCUACUAGAGCCACUGCAAGCGAUUUUAUUGACCAAUCUUCCCAAAAUUUUGUACAACGCUUUCCUCGACGACAAAGUUUGCUCGAAAUUAGUUCAGAUUUAGACAUAGCUCCCAUAUAUAUGUUCGUCCGAUUUAUAGUAAUAUUGCAAUCAAAUGGUCAUUUGUUAAUCGAUUCUCUCGAAAUAUGGCAGGAAGGAUUUUUUCUUGACUCUCGACAUUAUAGAUGAAUUUCAUAGAAAUUGGUUCAUAUUUAUAUAUAGCUGUCAUAUAUGUAUAUCGCCCGAUUUCACUUCUAGAGCCAUUGCAAUCGCAUUUUUUGACCAAUCUUGUUCAUCAAAUUUUGAGUAAUUGGCAAUAAUGUUGUCAUUUGUGAAACGUAAUUAUUACAGUUUGAACUUAUUUGCUCAAAAUGUGAUACGGAUUGUUUAAUAACCCAUCUGAAAACUUCCGGCGAGUUCCAUCAUAAUUGUUUCAGAAUUAGACAUAGCUCGCACUUUGUACCUUAGGGUAGGUGUAGGGUAUUAUAAGUCGGCACCGCCCGACUUUAGCCUUUCCUUACUGAUUUUUAAGAUGUAUUAUUAAAUGUUCUUGGGUCAGUAUUGGAAGAAAAGGUUCUGCAAAAAAAUCGAAACUUCAAAAAGUUUUAGAGUUUAUUAGGCUUUCCAUUCCGAAAGAUUACCUUUAGUCAACAUUUCAUUGAAAAAUGUAUCCUUAAAGAAAUUGUUAUAAAAUAUUAUUAAAGAUUUCAUUGAAAUUAUGUGUUUUAGGAAAAUUUUAGUUAAACUUUGUCUUUGGAGAUUUUUUUUUUUAAUAUUUUAAAUUUCUGGCGAAUCUAAUUUGAAUAUUUUUUAACUUAAAACACUAAACUACUAAGAGUCUCUAAACCUCUCUAGAUGGGUGAGAACAUCAAAUUAAAAAUUGUUUGUGUAACGAAAACUUCUGUUUUUUUAUUAGAAAUAUAUUCCGUAAACCAUUAACACAAAAAAUUACUCACAACUUGUUUUGCUACACCAAUAAAUUACAAUAACUGAAAUAUUUAAACUACAAUUGAGACAUAUUUAAGGAAUUCUACAAUAACAAAUAUAAUUAAUAAUCAUUACAUAUACACACAAAUGCGCGUGUAAACCAAUAAUAAUGACAACAACAUACACGUAAAUGUUUACAUAGUAUACCAACUACAAUAUAAAAUAUAAGAAAACAAAAAGUCAAAUAUAUACAUAAAUAUUUACAAAAACAACAAAGAUAUUUUAUUUAUACAAGAAAGCAAUGGAUUCGUUUCAAUAAAACCCUAUUUAAUAUUCAAAAUUCUACUAAAUAUAUAAUUAAAGGUAAAUUCCUUUUUUAAGAUGAAAAUUCACCAUGAAACUCCACUCGCUUCUUAUAAACUGAAUCGGAGUAAUUUUUUACUUAAAGCAUCAUUACCGAAUCUGAAAUAUACAUAAUACCAGAUACACCAAUCCCUAUUACGCUUUUUGGCACUUAUUGUUAAAUGUUAUAAACACAAGAAAGAAAAACUACUACCAUAUUACACGAAUACAUUGUUCAAAUUGUUAAUUCACCCAUAGAUAAUAAAUCCAUCCAUUCAAAUAUUAUGGUUUCACUAUUACAACGUUCACUGUUAUAUACUCCACCGACCACAAGAGCAUUAUCGGCUCUUACAAUGAAAAUAUCAUAACAUCGUGAAAUAUAAAUAUUUAUGCAAUUGUAUCAUUGUUAAGUAGGAUCUGCAGCAAAAAUGUGAGCAGGCUAAUAUUCCACAGAAUACUUUUUUUUUAUUUACAACAAUUUAUUGUCUUAAUAAUAUUUUUUAAUAAGUUAUUGGUAAUAUGUAAGUGUGUCUGUCCGUCGUGAUCAGUUGUAACAAGGAUUAUAUUUUGUUCCUCUGAGUUUUAGUUGAACUACAGUAAAUACGGCUAAGCAACCGCCAUUACAGCUUAUCUCCGCUUGAGUAUAUAACUCUAAACCCUGUCAUUCCGUUUUUUGGGCAAAGUCAAGUAAACUUAAAGUGUAAAGUUAUUAGGCAUGAGAGAUUGAGAAUAAAUACCUUGGUUUUGUGAUUUCAUAAAUCAGAGCAUGUGGAAUUUAUUUUGAAGAAGAACAUUGUGUAUGCAUUAGGUUAGGUUAGGUUGAAUGGGUUGCCCACCAUAGGUGAGUUCACCCGGAGGCCAAUUUGGCCCAUUGCGAUACCCUACAAAGAAAGAAGAUGUGAGACCUCGGAGCAUAUCCAGAGGUUAUACAUGAAAAAAAGAAAUAGGAAGAAUGGAGAACCAUAACGGGGGAGUUAAAACGCCUUUCCCUCACGCAAGCACGUAUGUUCCCUCGUCGGUUCCUAUCGCACCCUCCGUCGGAACCGUUUCGUUCACAAAUCUCAGGAGACCACCCAGAAGAACGUUCGUAAAAUCACCCAUAUCGCAGAAGAACAAUCUCUCCAGGAAGAAGAGACUCCGUCCCUGCAGACUCGGAUAUGAACAGGACAAGUGCUCGACAGUCUCAUCCUCAUCAAAACAACUUCUGCAGAAGUCAUUGUGCCGUGUUGCCUAUGGCACAAAGUCCGUUUAUGACCUCUUUCAAUGUGCUCAGCGAACUCUUUUCGAACGCCUGUAACUCCUUCGUUCUCUUCCGGUCGAUGGCAGGCCGGAGCGCUCAGCGGUUCCCUUACGGCUUCUGUAAUGGCACAGACCUAUGUCUGAAAGACCUUACACUCGUCCGGUAGUCUUAGACAUAUACCGAUAUUGAGUGCGUCGGAGUUACCCCCAAUCCAAUCCUUGACUCCAUCUUAGAGCCAUUAGUGAAGAUCGCAGUCUCAUCUCCAUCCAACACAGCAUACGCCCUCCAUUCGUCCCUCCCGGGAAAAUGAAUUCUAAAUGUUCUAAUCCCAAUCGAUACCGGUGCCAGAUAGUCGGAGAUCCUCCUGAGUCUACACUCCGCAUCACUAGCAUCCAUAAUGGAACUGUGGCCGCACCCUCAGCCUAAGAGCGACCAUGACGUACCAGUUCCGAAUAAAGGACUCAAGAUGCGCAUUGCAGUGCUCCUGUGACUCCGAUGCAGGCCAGUCUCUGGACUAGCUCCCUCGUACGAGUCCACUUAUCCAUGGCCCUCCACCAUACCAGUGCUCUAAAGAUCAAUUCUGGUCUCACAAUGGCCGUGUACAUCCAAUAAAUCACCUUGGGGGUUAUCCACACUUCCAACCGAAUAUCCUCCUGCAGGAGUAAAAAGCGCACAUUGCCUUACGUCUCCUCUCCUCCGAGAGAGGAUUAAGCCAAGUUACUUCGCCUCCUUCGACAGCUGUAGGGUGAUUUCGUCCAAUGACGGAUGUCUGAACUCCGGUAUCUUAUAUCUGCUAGUAAAGAGCACCAGCUCCAUCUUCAUUGUCCUCAAUGACCGUUCCAUGAUCUCGCUAAUCCUUUUUUCAACCAACACGCGGGGGAUGUCCCCUAUGAAUGCAGUGCAUUGCGCUGGCAAGGGAAAAGUCGAGGAUCGGAGGGGGGAAAGAGAAAGUAGUGUUUGUUUACAUUAGUUUUAAAUUUCUGGAUGUAAUAGUCAAGUGGAAAGACAUUGGCAUGAAGCCUGUUCCACAUACGAACUGUUCGGGCAAAAAAAAAGAAUUCUAUCUAUAAUGCAUGACCCAGUGAGCUGGCCAAUUAAAAACAAACGGGUGUGAGUUCCUAGAAAGUCCAAUAUUCCUAACGAACAUCCUUACUUCAGGCAUAAGAAGGCUAAUAUCUGUGGAGCACACAUCAUGGAAGCAUCAAUAGAACAGCGUCACACAACCCACAUUACGGCGAUGCUCAAUCGAAACAAUAGAUUUAAAUACCCUACUGUCGCCAAUCAACACCAGUGCUCUUCUCUGAACGCCAAUACAUGUUAAUUAUAUUCCAUUUUCGUCCUGACGUAGGCAGUAUUGAUAUUGAGAAGGUCAGAGGGAGUGAAGUAAUUCUUGCAACGCUUAAGAAAGCCUAAACACUUGGAUGCUUCUUUCGACACUUCAAAUACAUGGUUUGACCAACGGACAUCACAUUUUAUCUUUAUGUCUAGAACAUCAAGAGAAUCUGAAUGUUCAACAUCUAUACCGUCGAUAGAUAUUGACGAUUGGAUUGAGUCAGCAAAUCGUUUGUGUGAUAAAUCAUUACACUGCGUCUUGCGUGCAUUAAAGUCUACUCUGUUCAUUCGACCCCACUUGGAAAUGGCCAGCGAGGGCAGGGUGACUCCAAAAGAUGCCUGCAGCAGUGCCGCGGUAAUACCGUCCGGCCGAUUUAAAUGGACUGCCAACACUAUCUUCUCCUCAUCAACGAUGUCCCCAAUGAGGUCGUCCGCCAAGGUCCCACAUACAGGUAUUACGAUAUAUUGGCGUCACUUUCUAGCAUAAGGUUAUGUCUCUUAUACUCGCACCAGCUGACCAGAACCCAAACUGUGUCCGUAGGAGCAUUGUCCUCAAUGUAGGUAGGUAUAUGGAGGCCAGGAGCAGUAUUAGUGUGCGCGGCCUCUCCACGGACUCUACCGUUUAGUCUUCAUCGGUAGAACGAAGAAAUUUUUACAUGGUAUAGUACCUCAUAAAUGUCGGCAACAUUAAGAGGGUAUUAUCACCGCUGAACAUUUUUUUAUGUUCUCACCAGGAUUCGAAACCAAGCAUUCAGCGUCAUGGGCAUUCGUAUUAACUUCUGUGGUACAGUGGCCUGCUCUAAAGCUCAGCUCAGCUUACAAAGGUCAAAACAUCAGUUAUUAAUAUAAUAAUUUUUUGGUACAUAGUACAUUUUUACUUGGCCAUAUAUGCAAAUGUUACGUUCCUUUCUGCUUAUGUUUUUUUUUCACUGUAGAAAAUAAUUGUAAAUAUAUUAUUGUCUAUUAAAGGCAAAGCGCAUAUCCUCCUAUCCCAUUCCCAUUACAAUUCCACCCGUGCGCCUUUCUAAAUCAAACUAAAUGUAUUAUAAAACAAAAACUCAAGAAAUGCAUACAAAGCCUCACAUACACAAAUAAAUUAUAAGGUAUUCGUGAAAAAUCAACAUGAAAUUAAUACUUAAUAUACAUAUAUUACAUUUCAUGAACAAUUUUAUUCAAAACGAUGACAAAAAUGACGAUGUUGAAAAUAACAUUAAAGACAAAACUACCAAAAACAGAGCAUUGGCAUUUGUGAAAAAACGACAUUGAUACAAUAUAAAAAAAAAUAAAAAAAACGAUGAUAACACUGAUAAUGAUAUACAUACUCGUACUAUACAGGCAUAUAUGCACUAAACUAUAUAUGUAUUUAUGUAAAAUAAAGGAAUAUCGAAUUGUAGAAAGUAGAAAAAA